GACUCCACACACACUCAAAGACACUUGAGAGCUUGGUGUGGAGUAUCAGCACUCAGAGUGGGAAGGCAGAACAGGAGAGCUACACCUGUCCUACACAAGACUCCUAUCCUCACAGGCAGCCUUCCAUAGAGGAUCCCAGUGGUCGUCCCUAUGUGUGGAUGGGACCAAAGUUACACGGCGACCUCUCAUAGCUCGGCCAUGUUGACCAGUGAGGGGGCGCACACUAUGGAGCAAGACGACACAAACCACAAGAUGGCCUCCACAGCUACGAGCACGGGUUCGGAUGGAGCAGAGACCAUGACCGACACCGACGUGGACAUGGAGAUGGAGAUGGAGGAGGCUGACAUGACACAGUGGACGGAGGCCGAGUUUGAGGAGAAGUGCACAUACAUCGUGAAAGACACGGCGUGGGAGGCGGGGCCAGACGCUGACGUCACGAUGACAGCGACCAGAGCAGAGGCGUCGCUGCCCAGAAACCUGGUGCUCAAACACCUGGCAGGCACCAAAGAGGUGGUCGGGGUGAGCAGCAGGGAGUACAUCCCCAAAGGAACUCGCUUCGGUCCCCUGGUGGGCGAGAUCUACACGGCCGACAGUGUCCCAAAAGACGCCAACCGGAAGUACUUCUGGAGGAUCUUUGUGGAUGGUGAGUUUCACCACUUUGUGGACGGUCUGGAUGAGACGCGCUCCAACUGGAUGCGGUACGUGAACCCGGCCAAGUCGGCAGCAGAACAGAACCUGGCGGCAUGCCAGAACGGCAUGGAGAUUUAUUUCUACACUGUGAAGCCCGUCCCAGCUGGCGCUGAGCUGCUCGUCUGGUACUGUCCAGACUUUGCCCGCCGCCUGAGAUACCCACCAUCGGGCGAGCUAAUGAUGGAAAAACUCAAGCAGUCACUUAUGGAAGUAAAGCAGCAACAGGAGGACAGAGAGGACAGCUCAGUUGAAACAUCCAGUACAUCUCCUGUCUCAAUGACUCCCAGUCCGCCCAAGAGGGAGCACAGUGUCCUGUCCAUUCUGCGUGGCACCAACACAUCCUCCUCUGCCCCUAAGAGGGAGCCCAGCCGCCCUCUCCCCACACGGCCACUUUGUGCCGAUAGCCCGGAGCGGCCCCUGUACCCCCUCGCCCGCUACCCGACGCUCAGGCCCCCUUUUCCCCUCCCUGAAGACAUGCUCAAACCCAGCCAACUCAGUUACCCUUCAACUCAUUCCCCUGGCAAACAGUCCUCAGCAACACCAAGCCCCUCUGCAAGAAGCAGCCCAGACACCAGCCCUCAUAGUAGCCCCUCUGGUCCAGCAUUAUCACCAGCUUCUUUUUACCCAUACCCUGGUUACUCCCCUCCAUCUGCCCCACUCCCUUCUUCAUUCUACCCUCCUGGGCCCCAGUACUCUCGUUACCUUCUACCCCAUCAUUACCCUAUACACGGAGGUGGCGUCCCGGCUGUGGGAGGGAUAUUUCCUAGGAUCUACCCAGUCUACAGCAGCCUAUUGCCCCCUCAUUUGCCCCUCCUGCCUUCUGACACUGCAGCGAGGCGCCUUGUUAUACCUGAACCUGUGCACCCCUCCUCAAUCUCUGCCAACAGAGACUAUUUUCUGCCCGGGCCACGAAGUGCCUUCUCAACUGCAACUUCUUUGAGGGACAAAGCGGGAGCCCACAGCUCUUAUCCUGGACACCCUAACUCACACGGACCAGCUCACACUCCGUCCAGCAGCUCCCCAACUGCCGGCACAGCACCACCCAGCGAGCAGGUGCCAACCAAGCCUACCUCAGCCCUCGUGGGAAACACUAUUGAACGUCACCCAGAUGAAGAGGCUAUCAAUCUGACCAAAAUGAAGCGUGGCGCAGGGUCAGCGGGCUACAAGGCGUUGCCUUACCCUCUGAAGAAGCAGAAUGGCAAAAUUAAGUACGAGUGCAACGUGUGCAGUAAGACCUUUGGGCAGCUGUCAAACCUGAAGGUUCAUCUUCGGGUGCACAGUGGAGAAAGGCCAUUCAAAUGUCAAACCUGUAACAAAGGCUUCACUCAACUUGCUCAUCUGCAGAAACACUACCUGGUUCACACUGGGGAGAAACCACAUGAAUGCCAGGUUUGUCACAAACGCUUCAGCAGCACCAGCAACCUGAAAACCCACCUGCGCCUUCACUCAGGGGAAAAGCCCUAUCACUGCAAACUCUGCCCAGCUAAGUUCACCCAGUUUGUUCACCUCAAGCUGCACAAGCGCUUACACUCCCGUGAACGCCCCCAUAAAUGCCCCCACUGCCACCGCCACUACAUCCACCUGGUUAGCCUGCGACUACACCUCAAGGGUUACUGCUUGGCGGCAAGCUCCGGUUCCGGCAGUCCGAACGUUUCGACUCAGGCUGCCUUGGAGGAGGCGCAUCGCGCCAAUGAUGAGAUCGAGCGCUUCGAUAUCAGCGAGCAUGCCGAGCGACUGGAGCAACUGCAGGGAGGUGUGGAUAUGGAUGGGAUGUUGGAGAAACAGGUCUUGGGGAUGCUGUGGAGGGAGGCUGACCUCAAGUCCCCUAAUUUCCAUCCCAGUUACAAUAGCACUGGCAGUGAACUUCUGUCUGCAAGUUACGGUGCGUUUGAGUCCCCGAAUGAGACGUCAGUCAUCAAAAUGCACCAUAGCACCCCCGUCCCAACACUUGCUGCUGGCAUUACUGUCAAGCAGGAGUCAGAGGAACGUGCGUAACAGACUCUUUUUAUGUGCAAGACACAUGAAAAAUAGAUUUUGGACUGCAUGGUGGACUUGUUGCCAGGAGCAACAGCUGUAAAUAAGUAAUUAUCUAUUGCUAUCCCCAUGAACAUGCCAGGCUUAGAACCUAUCAGGGACUCACACACUCAGGGCUGCAAGAGACAAUGUCCCAUGACUACUUAGUGGUGUUACCAUUUAUUACUCCAAGA